AUGAGCGACGAUGAUGAUUUCGAUGUGGAGGUGCCUGAGAUGGCUGCAGACGAUCCUAUGAGAGCAUAUCUUCCACAGUCCUUUGGAAAGAAGUCAAAAGAGACAGAUGUUGCGGCGCAAAUUGGACGGACAAAGAGAGCUGUGGACAAGGCUACAGCUACAGCAAUUGCUGAGAGCUCUGCUGAUAGAGAGGAACCACCACUGAGGAUCGCGCAGGAGCCAGCGUCGAAGGACUUUGGAUCAAGCGAUGGCGAUGACCCUGACGACGACUCGGAUGAAUCCGACGACGACGAGUACCCAGUAUCGCAUGAGCUGGUGCUCAAGACACAUGACCGCGCGGUGACUACAACUGCUCUGGAUCCUUCUGGAGGAAGAUUGGUAUCGGGCUCAACGGAUUGUACGCUAAAACUACACGAUUUUGCGUCUAUGACACCCACGACCCUGCGAGCAUUCAAGAGCGUUGAUCCAAGUGCCUCGAAGACUUCUACAAACUCGGAAACCCACCCCAUAAAUCAUGUCGAGUUCAACCCCUUAUCGGGUGGGACAUUUCUGUGUGUCUCAGCGACACCUCAAGCCAGGAUUAUGAGCAGAGAUGGAGAGGUGCUGGCCGAAUUUCAAAAGGGGGAUAUGUACUUGAGGGAUAUGAAAAACACUAAAGGACAUAUUUCCGAGGUCACAACCGGUACCUGGAAUCCUAUCGACAAGAACAUAUGCGUGACGGCUGGGACAGACAGUACUGUCCGAAUAUGGGAUGUCAACCACAAGAGAUGUCAGAAGGAGGUAAUUGUACACAAAUCCAGAGCUGCUGGAUCUGCUGGCAGGACGAGAAUAAGUGCAAUCGUCUGGGGAAGUGCGAUGCAGGGGGGUGGUAACAUUCUUGUUGCUGCGGCUCUCGAUGGAAGUCUGGUGAUGUGGAGUGGCGAUGGGCCCUUUUCAAGGCCAACAGCGGAGAUCAGAGAAGCUCAUAAGCCAAAUACUUGGACUGGAGGAGUGGAUAUCAGCUCGGACGGUCGAAUGGUCGUUACGAGAGGAGGGGAUGAUCUGAUCAAGCUCUGGGAUUUGAGAAAGUUUAAGACCCCAGUUGUAACCGUCUCACAUCCCUCGACAUCGGACACGUACUCUGCGACCAACAUCAGAUACUCGCCAACAUCUUCAAGCAUAAUCACCGGAUCGACGACAGGUCAUCUCCACAUCCUGAACCCUGGAAAUCUCAAGCCAGAGUUGGUCACUCCUGUGACACCAGGGUCGCCGCUUAUUACAGUUGAAUGGCAUUCCAAGAUCAACCAGAUCGUGACCGGAUCCGCCAACUCCGAAAUACACGUUCUUUAUAAUCCUAAUACCUCAACCCGUGGUGCUGUCGAUGUCAUGUCUCGAGCGCCCAAGAAGCGACACGUCGAUGAUGAUCCGAACUUUACAACCGACCAGUCGGCUGGACUAUCAGGGGACAGCGUUGUGAGUGCCGGUGGAGUCAUCACAAGUGCUGGGGCGACUUCAUUUGCAGCUCGUCAUCCAACCGUUGGUCUCACAGCUUCCGGUCGUUCAAGAGAUCCUCGGAGACCUCAGAUCCCAGCGGUGACUCCAUUCAUGAAAAGCCAGCAGGACGAGAAGUACAUUAAUGAGAGCAUAUCGUUGAGCAGUAUGAGAGAUGAGGAUCCUAGAGAGGCGCUGCUCAAAUAUGCUGAGCUAGCGAAGAAAGACCCGAUGUUCACGAACGCCUGGAAGGAGACCCAGCCCGUCACUCAAUAUGCGAAUCUGAGUGACGAGGAAGAGGAAGAGGGGCCUGACAAGAAGAAGCCUAGGAGAGCUUAA